AUGGGAGGCUUUGAGGGUCAUCUGUACCCAGGCCUGUCCCUCUUCCUCUACGGACUUUAUCACGCACGACUCGUUUUCAGGGCCUUGAUAUGCAACAACCCCGUUCAGUAUCUCCCACGCUGUCCCUGGAGCAAAGGCAGAUGGGCCAGGCUGCAGCAAAUAUACUAUGUCGGCUUGGUGAAGAUACUGAGCGCCUGCAUUUUAGUGGCCCAAGAGCUGCAUAGCAUUCCUGGACAGUUUGUAUUCAUCAGCAAGAUAUAUCACCAGAGGAACUUUUUGUACCGCAAGCAGUGGCAGCAUUUCACUCUGUAUAUGACCUUCUUCCUGAGUGGGUGUGUCGAUGUGGUGAGCCAGAACCUGCUGCCCCAGAGGUGCGCUGCUCUGGAGCAAAGUGCGCAAGUCCUGGGCAUGUUCCUGCUUCUGCCCCUGAUGGUGUCUCACAUACAGGACUCAGAAGGCGUGGAGCUGCAGUCGCACAUCCUGCUCAUCCAGGUCAUCUUCCUGCUGACACUCGUGGCCAUUGCAGAAUUCUGGGCUCCCAACGUGCUGCAGCUCUGGGUGUUGAAGGCCUUUUUGUAUAUGAUUCUAGGCUCUUGGCUGAUGCAGAUAGGCUUUAUGCUGUACAAACCCGUCUCCGGCCAUAAGUGGAUGGACGAUGACAAAAACGACAUUAUAUUCGUCACCACCUUCUUCUGCUGGCAUGUGGCUUUCAUUGCCGUUUUCAUGACCUGGAUCUACGGCUUCUCGUUUUGGUGGUAUUGUUACGUUUGUUGA